GGCUCUCGGCGGUGGAGGCGGCGGCGGCGGCAGCAGCAUCCUCUCUACCUCCGCUUCCCUUCGGUCUUUCUCUUUCUUCUCCUUCUUUCCCUCGUUUCUUCGGUCGCCGGGUCUCCCCGGCUCCUCCCACGGAGGAGCUCUAGCUCUGAGAGUCUGCCGUGACCGCGGGUGCGUCCACUUUCCGCGCCCAGAUUUUUAUUGAUCCAAACCAACCUAUAUUGUGACUGCUGGCAAGAAUUAAGAUUCUUCAGCGGGGCUCUAACAGAGGGAGCGCUGAUUGGGAAGCAUUCAGUCAGAAAAUUAAAAGGAGACAGUACAGAGAUCUGAAGGAUGGCUGACGAGAGGAAAGAUGAAGGAAAGGCACCACACUGGACAUCAGCCUCACUCACAGAGGCAGCUGCACACCCCCACUCGCCAGAGAUGAAGGACCAGGGUAGCUCAGGGGAAGGGCUGAGCCGCAGCGCCAAUGGAUUUCCAUACAGAGAGGAGGAGGAAGGCGCCUUUGGGGAGCACGGGUCACAGGGCACCUAUUCAGAUACCAAAGAGAACGGGAUCAACGGAGAGCUGACCUCAGCUGACAGAGAAACAGCAGAGGAAGUGUCUGCAAGGAUAGUUCAAGUAGUCACAGCUGAAGCUGUAGCAGUCCUGAAAGGUGAACAAGAGAAGGAGGCCCAACACAAGGACCAGCCUGCAGCUCUGCCUUUAGCAGCUGAAGAAACAGUUAAUCUGCCACCUUCCCCACCACCAUCGCCAGCAUCAGAACAAACAGCUGCACUGGAAGAAGAUUUACUUACAGCCUCGAAGAUGGAAUUCCCUGAGCAGCAGAAAUUGCCUUCCUCAUUCGCUGAGCCUUUAGACAAGGAGGAAAAGGAGUUUAAGAUGCAAAGUAAGCCUGGUGAAGACUUUGAACACGCUGCCUUAGUUCCUCAGCCGGACACAAGUAAAACUCUCCAGGAUAAAAAGGAUCCCCAAGACAUGGAAGGAGAAAAGUCGCCUGCCAGUCCAUUUGCGCAGACUUUUGGUACCAACCUUGAAGACGUAAAACAGAUCACAGAACCAAGCAUAACAGUACCUAGCAUUGGCCUCUCUGCAGAGCCCCUAGCUCCAAAAGAUCAGAAAGACUGGUUCAUCGAAAUGCCCGUGGAAUCAAAGAAGGAUGAAUGGGGUUUAGCUGCCCCAAUAUCUCCUGGCCCCUUGACACCCAUGAGGGAAAAAGAUGUGCUGGAGGAUAUCCCAAGAUGGGAAGGAAAGCAGUUUGACUCUCCCAUGCCUAGCCCCUUCCACGGUGGAAGUUUCACUCUUCCCUUAGAUACUGUGAAAGAUGAGAGAGUCACAGAAGGGUCACAACCCUUUGCCCCUGUCUUCUUCCAAUCAGAUGACAAAAUGUCUCUGCAGGACACCAGUGGUUCAGCUACUUCCAAAGAGAGUUCUAAAGACGAGGAGCCACAGAAAGAUAAAGCAGACAAAGUGGCAGAUGUUCCUGUCGCAGAAGCUACCACUGCACUGGGAGAUGUUCAUAGUCCAGCUGUGGAAGGCUUUGUCGGGGAGAACAUUUCAGGAGAAGAAAAGGGUACCACAGAUCAAGAGAAAAAAGAGACUUCGACACCCAGUGUACAGGAACCUACACUCACUGAAACUGAACCACAGACAAAGCUUGAAGAGACAUCAAAGGUUUCCAUCGAAGAAACGGCGGCAAAAGAAGAGGAAUCCUUGAAAUUAAAAGAUGAUAAAGCAGGUGUAAUCCAGACUUCCACCGAGCAUUCUUUCUCCAAGGAAGACCAGAAAGGUGAGGAACAGACAAUCGAAGCAUUAAAACAAGACUCCUUCCCUAUAAGUCUAGAACAGGCAGUUACAGAUGCAGCCAUGGCCACCAAGACCUUGGAAAAGGUUACGUCUGAGCCAGAGCCAGUAAGCGAAAAGAGAGAAAUCCAGGGACUUUUUGAAGAGGAUAUAGCUGACAAGAGUAAACUUGAAGGCGCUGGGUCUGCAACAAUAGCCGAGGUUGAGAUGCCAUUUUAUGAAGAUAAAUCAGGGAUGUCCAAGUACUUUGAAACAUCUGCAUUGAGAGAAGAUGUGACCAGAAGCACUGGGUUGGGCAGUGAUUACUACGAGCUGAGUGACUCAAGAGGAAAUGCCCAGGAAUCUCUUGAUACUGUAUCUCCCAAGAACCAACAAGAUGAAAAGGAACUUCUGGCAAAAGCUUCCCAGCCUAGUCCUCCAGCACAGGAAGCAGGGUACAGCACUCUUGCCCAGAGUUAUACAUCUGAUCAUCCAUCUGAGUUACCUGAAGAACCAAGUUCUCCUCAAGAAAGAAUGUUCACUAUUGACCCCAAAGUUUAUGGGGAGAAAAGGGACCUUCAUAGUAAGAACAAAGACGAUCUGACACUUAGUCGAAGCUUGGGGCUGGGCGGAAGGUCUGCAAUAGAACAGAGAAGCAUGUCCAUUAACUUGCCUAUGUCUUGCCUUGAUUCCAUUGCCCUUGGGUUUAACUUUGGCCGGGGCCAUGAUCUUUCCCCUCUGGCUUCUGAUAUUCUAACCAACACUAGCGGAAGCAUGGAUGAAGGAGAUGAUUACCUGCCCCCCACCACACCUGCAGUGGAGAAGAUUCCUUGCUUUCCAAUAGAGAGCAAAGAGGAAGAAGAUAAGACAGAGCAAGCAAAAGUGACUGGAGGGCAAACUACCCAAGUUGAAACAUCCUCCGAGUCACCCUUCCCAGCCAAAGAAUAUUACAAAAAUGGCACUGUCAUGGCCCCUGACCUGCCUGAGAUGCUAGAUCUAGCAGGAACCAGGUCCAGAUUAGCUUCUGUGAGUGCAGAUGCUGAGGUUGCCAGGAGGAAAUCAGUCCCAUCAGAGGCUGUGGUUGCAGAGAGCAGUACUGGUUUGCCACCUGUUGCUGAUGACAGCCAACCCGUAAAACCAGACAGUCAACUUGAAGACAUGGGGUACUGUGUGUUCAACAAGUACACAGUCCCUCUCCCAUCACCAGUUCAAGACAGUGAGAAUUUGUCAGGAGAGAGUGGUUCGUUUUAUGAAGGAACCGAUGACAAAGUCCGUAGAGAUUUGGCCACUGACCUUUCACUAAUUGAGGUAAAACUUGCAGCUGCUGGAAGAGUCAAAGAUGAAUUCACUGCUGAGAAAGAGGCAUCUCCACCCUCUUCUGCUGACAAAUCAGGACUGAGUAGGGAGUUUGACCAAGACAGGAAAGCUAACGACAAGCUGGAUACUGUCCUAGAAAAGAGCGAAGAGCAUGUUGAUUCAAAAGAACAUGCCAAGGAGUCAGAAGAGGUUGGGGAUAAAGUAGAGCUCUUCGGAUUAGGUGUAACCUAUGAGCAAACCUCCGCCAAAGAACUGAUAACAACUAAAGAAACAUCACCUGAGAGAGCAGAGAAAGGUCUCAGUUCCGUGCCAGAGGUAGCUGAGGUAGAAACAACCACAAAAGCUGACCAAGGUCUAGAUGUUGCUGCCAAGAAAGAUGAUCAGAGUCAGUUAGAUAUAAAAGUCAGUGGCUUUGGACAGACGGCUUCUGGGAUGAGUGUAGAUGCUGGGAAAGCCAUAGAGCUUAAGUUCGAGGUUGAUCAGCAGCUGACUCUCUCAUCCGAAGCACCUCAGGAAACAGAUUCAUUCAUGGGUAUUGAGUCCAGCCACGUGAAGGAUGGUGCCAAAGUCAGUGAAACAGAAGUCAAAGAGAAGGUGGCAAAGCCUGACUUGGUGCAUCAGGAGGCUGUGGACAAAGAAGAGUCCUAUGAGUCUAGUGGUGAGCAUGAAAGCCUCACCAUGGAGUCCCUGAAGCCUGAUGAUGGCAAGAAAGAAACAUCUCCAGAGACAUCACUGAUACAAGAUGAAGUUGCCCUCAAACUGUCUGUAGAAAUCCCUUGCCCACCUCCAGUUUCCGAAGCUGAUUCAUCCACUGAUGAGAAGGCGGAGGUCCAGAUGGAAUUUAUUCAGCUGCCAAAGGAAGAGAGCACAGAGACUCCGGAUAUACCUGCCAUACCUUCUGAUGUCACCCAGCCAGAGCCUGAAGCAGUUGUGUCCGAACCAGCAGAGGUUCGAGGUGAGGAAAUAGAGAUCGAAGCUGAGGGAGAAUAUGACAAACUGCUCUUCCGCUCAGACACCCUCCAGAUCACCGACCUGCUUGUUCCAGGAGGUAGGGAGGAGUUUGUGGAGACCUGCCCAGGGGAGCACAAAGGUGUGGUUGAGUCCGUGGUAACCAUCGAGGAUGAUUUCAUCACUGUAGUACAAACCACGACUGAUGAGGGAGAGUUGGGAUCCCACAGUGUGCGCUUUGCAGCUCCAGUUCAGCCUGAGGAAGAAAGGAGACCAUACCCUCAUGAUGAAGAGCUUGAAGUACUGAUGGCAGCAGAAGCCCAGGCCGAGCCCAAGGAUGGCUCUCCAGAUGCUCCAGCUACCCCUGAGAAAGAAGAGGUUCCAUUCUCAGAAUAUAAAACAGAAACCUACGACGAUUACAAAGAUGAGACCACCAUUGAUGACUCCAUUAUGGAUGCCGACAGCCUGUGGGUGGACACUCAAGAUGAUGAUAGAAGCAUCUUGACAGAGCAGUUAGAAACUAUUCCUAAAGAGGAGAGAGCUGAGAAGGAAGCCCGGAGACCGUCUCUCGAGAAACAUAGAAAAGAAAAACCUUUUAAAACUGGGAGAGGCAGAAUUUCCACUCCUGAAAGAAAAGUAGCUAAAAAGGAACCUAGCACGGUCUCCAGGGAUGAAGUGAGAAGGAAAAAAGCAGUUUAUAAGAAGGCUGAACUUGCUAAAAAAUCAGAAGUUCAGGCCCACUCUCCUUCCAGGAAACUCAUUUUAAAACCUGCUAUCAAAUACACUAGACCAACUCAUCUCUCCUGUGUUAAGCGGAAAACCACAGCAACAAGUGGUGAAUCAGCUCAGGCUCCCAGUGCAUUUAAACAGGCGAAGGACAAAGUCACUGAUGGAAUAACCAAGAGCCCAGAAAAACGUUCUUCCCUCCCAAGACCUUCCUCCAUCCUCCCUCCUCGCAGGGGUGUAUCAGGAGACAGGGAGGACAACUCCUUCUCUCUGAACACCUCCAUCUCUUCAGCACGACGGACCACCAGGUCAGAACCAAUUCGCAGAGCAGGAAAAAGCGGCACCUCAACACCUACUACCCCUGGAUCUACUGCAAUCACCCCUGGCACUCCUCCAAGCUACUCUUCACGUACCCCAGGCACCCCUGGAACCCCGAGCUAUCCCAGGACACCAGGAACCCCCAAAUCUGGCAUCUUGGUGCCCAGUGAGAAGAAAGUUGCCAUCAUUCACCCUCCCAAGUCCCCAGCUACUCCCAAGCAGCUUCGGCUCAUUAACCAACCUCUGCCGGACCUGAAGAACGUCAAGUCCAAAAUCGGGUCAACCGACAACAUCAAAUACCAGCCCAAGGGGGGUCAGGUACAAAUUGUUACUAAGAAGAUAGACUUAAGCCAUGUGACUUCCAAAUGUGGCUCUCUAAAGAACAUCCGUCACAGGCCAGGUGGUGGACGCGUGAAGAUUGAGAGUGUAAAGCUGGAUUUCAAGGAGAAGGCCCAAGCUAAAGUUGGCUCACUUGACAAUGCUCACCAUGUACCUGGAGGUGGUAACGUGAAGAUUGACAGCCAAAAGUUGAACUUCCGAGAGCAUGCAAAGGCCCGCGUCGACCACGGGGCUGAGAUCAUCACACAGUCGCCAAGCAGGUCAAGCGUGGCGUCUCCCCGGCGACUCAGCAAUGUCUCCUCUUCUGGAAGCAUCAACCUGCUCGAAUCCCCUCAGCUGGCCACUUUGGCUGAGGACGUCACUGCGGCGCUCGCUAAGCAGGGCUUGUGAAUCCUUCUCAUCUAGCACUGAAGUACCAUUUAGGCAUGAGCUCUUGGCAGGAGUGGGCUCUGAGCAGGUGUCAUAUUCAUUCUUUACAAACCAUAGAUAAAUAAUCUCAUCCCCCAACUGUAGUAAUUGUUACAAUUUUAUAUAAAAAAAAAGAAUAGUAUAUGCAGAAAAUGACCUGAAUUCCAUCCGCAACAAGAACACAUGGCUUUACAUGGAUACAAUUGGACAAUUAUUUUCGCUCUGCUCUGUUUUGCAUGGAGUAUUAUUAUUAUUAUUAUUAUUAUUUUUAAAAUUUCAUUUUUACCUUUCAUGUGCCUGAAGGCUAUCCAAUACAUUCUGAAAGGCCUUGUUAAAAAUCCAAGCUGCUCAUUUCCCUAUUCUGUUUAUGGUUGGAAAGAUUAAAAACUAUCCAUUGUCGCUUACUACAGGUUCAAGGAAAUCAAAGAGUCUGAGUGCAGGAAGGAAAGAGCAUGUAAGAGACACAUUUUUUAAAGUGUUAUUUUGUAUAAAUGGGAAGAAAGAUGCAACUAAGUUAUUGAUGUUUGGGACCUGGAUGAUUAUAUCAGAGUAUGCCAUUCCAAUAAAUUAUUUAACUAAAAGCUAGAUUAAAGCAUUUGAGCGGUGUUUGAAGAAGUGGUGUCAAAGUGCGUCUCUUAGGAUUGAUGCACUUUCGUUAGGAUGGGCUCGAGUCUGAUUAGAAUGUCAGUUGAUUGGCUAGAUUUGUGUCCACACAAUCAGUUUCAUGCCCCCAUUCCAUCUGUUUGAUACAGUAUUAUAGAUAUAAAUAUAUAUAUAUUUCUCUGUGGCCAUUUGUGAUACUUCCUCAUAUACUUGAAUAUGAUACUUCUUUAUUCACAGUAUCUGUGUCUCCUGCACCCUUUGGUGUUGCAAUUUUAGGUAUGUGAAAGUAGAUGUUAGCAGGGUUCUCUCCCUAUUUAAAAAUACAUUUUAAAAAGACAAAGAGUUUGAGCAUGAAGUUGCUUUCUGUAACAACUCAAAGCUGUAACCCUGUUUUAGUGCCAGAAUCAAGUCCUUCCUGUGAUGCUAGAACAUUUUAUUUUUCUUUGCUUCCACCAACAUGGAGUUUGUGGAGUGGGUCCAGUUAUGCAUAAAGGGGUUUACAGAUUGUUGGUCUAUGGAUUUAUCUCAUGUUUAAUUACUGAAUAGUUUGGGUUUUAUCCCUCUAAUUAUUCAUGAAACCAAUCCCUUACUAUUCAUUUCUUCUCUUUCUCUUUUCCUUUUUCCAUUUGCUAAAGUUGAAAGUAGGAAAAAUAGUUUUGGAUAUCUUUUCUUGUUCUCCAAAUAGUAUCUAUUCAUUAAAUAAUUCUCUGAUAGAAGAUAUUUGGCUUCCUUCUCCCAAAGACCUCUUCAAAAAUGAGAAAUACAACAUAUUAAGAAUAUAUAUACAUAUAUAUAUAUAUAUAUAUAUAUAUAUAUAUAUUCUUUGAGACACAGAUAUCUAAAUCCAUCUCUCCAGGAUUCUACAUGAACAUGGAACAUGGUAUGAUUUAUUCACGAGUAAAUACUAAUUUCUUUAUUUUAUAUACAAUCUCAACAUCACAAUUCAUUAAUUUCAUUUACAAAUCAUACUAAGUGAAUAAUCAAGAGUCAAUGGCCCAAAAGAAGACAAAGCAUUAUCAAACCAAGUGGACUUUUUCCUUAACAUUUAAUUUGUUCUUUUUCUUGCUCAGGAUUGGUAGACUGAAUCUGAAGGGUUAAAUGUAAAAAGUUGGCUAGGUGUUUUAUGUCUCUGAAACAAGCCAAGCCCUGUAUAUAAAGGAGACGGUGAACAUGAAUAAGACAGAGAGGUACAGGAGAGUCUAAGACAGAAGGCAAGUGGAUGCGAAGGCAGAGGAAACAGGUGGCAGUUUAGUGAUCCAUUGAGUAUUAUGGCCAAUGUGACAGCCACAUGGAAAGCUUAGCAUCAAACGAAGACAUUCUUCACAGCUAGUAGGUACACACACACACACACACACACACACACACACACACACACACACACACACGUCUUUGUAAAUUUUUUUUAAUAUAGAACUUUAAAACUACCAUGUAAUGGUUGCUUUCACUCUGGACAACCCAUUCCUUACCUACUCUUGAAUGCACAAGAAAUGGAAGGAGUGUCUGUGUGUGGAGAAGGCCAGUCCUACAGUUUUGGUAGACAAGGAUUAAAGUUAUCUAGAAAAAAAAGAGUUAAUAGAUGAUCCGUGUGGUUUUAAAUUAUGUAGGAAGUAAUUUCAACCCAGUUUAUUAUAAAAAUUAAGGCUAAGCAAAGGUUUUUCUAAGUGUUCAAGUUCAGUUUCUUAAGAUGCGUAUUCAAAAUAAAAUUAUGUAAGCCCCAAGUUAAUAGAUCUAGCACUAAAAUAUCAUUUUUCUAAUGUUAAUACAAUUACAAUGGAUACAAGUCCUUGUUCUAUGUGAAAAUGUGAUUCGCACAUGAAUGUAAAGUCAACAUGAGAAGGACCUGAAUUUUUUGUACCAGACAGAGACAGAGAAAUGCACAGGCUAAAAUUCAUUUCCUUAUGAGAAUGUGGGAUGGAUCCCACCUUACCUACUUAAGAUAAUGACUCAAAUUAAGCUUUUUGGACACCACUUUUGUGGGGAUACACAUACGCUGAUCUAGAAAUGAAAGGCGCACAGCUACAUUUCUAGAUCUACUAAUGCCAGUUUCUCUUUGGCUUCAGCCUUUGAGAACCUGUUCAAGAAUACGUAAGUAUCCAGAGCUCUGAAGAGUUCGAAGGCCAACUUUUUCAGUGAACUCACACACUCUGGGUCUCCUGCAACUGACAAUUGGGUACCUUGCAACAAUGCAGGAAGGAUCCGAGUUUAUGAUGAGUUUCAAAGGCCGUGUUCACUUAGGAACUGACUCUCUCUGGAUCUGCCUGCUGCGUUCCAGCAGGAUGACGGGCUGAAAUCCCACCCAUAGGGAAGACACCUGUGCAAUUCCAGCUCAGUUUGGCUGAAGGUAGCUAAAGAAGAAGGUCCAGUAAAUGGAAGAAUAGACCACAGUUGACCUUCUCCACACACACACGCACACACACACGCACGCACGCACACACACAGAAGUGGGGUAGAAGAGAGAUCAGCAACAAAAUGUAGCAUUAUAUCAGUAGUAGUAAAGAAAUAAUAUAAAUGUGAAUGAUUCUGACUUAGCUGCAUUUAUAGUUUUCUUCUCAUUUUUCAUGCCACAGGGGGGAAAAAAAGAAAUGAUUUGUAGUAGAAGUAGCAAGGCAAAAGUAGAUUUAUCAUUUGGAAAGGCAAAUUUCAGGCAUUUCUUCAAGACUGAUGUGCUAAAAUUAAUACUGUUGUUGUGUUUUUACACCUAGAAGUUUUAGCCUGGACAUGUAGAUUGAGGCCAAGUCCCUAUGUAGGAAAAAGUUUUUUUUUUCAAAACCCCUAAAAAAAAUGCCAAUCAUGAAAGUCCACUUCAACUUUAGCAAAAAAAAAUUCAACAAAAAGUAUACUCUGUAUGCUGGGAUCCCAAGGUUCCAACACACCAUCUUUGGGGGGGUUCUUUCUUCUGAUAAUUCUAGAGCCUGUUACCAUAGAAAGGUAUUUCUUCAAUGGCUGGUUGUAGUUAGUUCAUGUUUUUCAAUCAAUUUGCAAAUGUAUUUGUUGCUGUAUAGUGAUUGUUUUGCAAAAUAAAAUUGCUUGUCACCUAACUA